AUGCUCGAGCCACGCACCCACGAGAUCCAGGAUUUUAAUUCGCUGGGCAUCGGAACACCCGGAUCUGGCGAAACGAACGGAGAAGCAAAGACGACAACGGGAAGCCAGAAUAUCUGUCAAUUGUCCAUCGUGACGUGGUCCCUUGCAGGUGCUCUGUUGCUUGGAAGAUAUAGGUCGCUCGGUGCCAAAGUCUCGCAGCCGUCGCAUCCAUCAUCCGGACCUGUACCCGUCAGAAUGAGUGACACCCCCGCAUUGAAGCGCCGCCGCGUUACGCGUGCUUGUGAGAGUUGUCGGAGUCUGAAAGCGAAGUGUGAUGGUAACCAUCCUAUUUGUGGUCGAUGUGCAGGCUAUGGAUAUGCCUGCUACUGGAAAGAUAAUGGUCAACGGAAAGGUGUUUCUCAAUGCGACCAUACGCAGCUAGGCUUCCUGUCCGUGGACGACGAGAUGCAGAAACUGAGAGAUUCCAUCGCGGUGUACGACAGCCUCCUUAGGGGUCUUCGCGAUAAACUCUCCGAAAACGAUCGGAAAACGGUGAAUCUGGGCCUGGCAUCACUUCAGAUCCCGGUCUCUGAUUCAACGUGUACCCAAGGUACGACGAUGACUCCGUCCUUGACUGAGCAGGGCGUGGUGAAGACUAGCGAGAAAUCUCCGUCACAACGCUACCUCGGGGAGGCGAGCGACAUCCGAUUCUUCCACGAUAUGGAAUUGGCAUACUGUCGGCCACCUGAGCCAGAUCGACAGCAAGGUCAUCCCGAGGCACGGGUUGACAGCUAUGAACAAGAAGGCCCAAUUGCCCAAGAUCCUGGAGAUAAAAGCCAUGUUCUACUUCCAGAAAGGGCAAGUGCCGACCGUCUCGUGUAUAUAUAUUUUUCGACAAUUCAUAUUGCCUAUCCUUUCAUUUCGGAGCCCGACUUCAGGCAGACAUACGAAUCGUUCUGGCAGUCAGAUUCACUGGAGGGCUUCCGCGGGCCAUGGCUAUCCCUACUGUUGACCGUCUUUGCUAUCGGUUCCUGCUAUGAGGGUAUUGCUGAGUCUGAAGCUGAGCAUCCUAUCCAGGCGCAGACGUCUGGUCAACAUCAACGCUAUUUCGAUCACGCAGUCACUAUAGCACGAAAUUACGCGUCGAAGCAUACGGUCGACCAUGUUAGCGCACUCCUUGCUCAAUGCUUUUACCUACUCGCUACUUGCCAGACGGACCGAUGCUGGACAACCCUGGGAAUGGCAGUCCGCAUUGCCCAAAGCAUUGGCCUCCACGUCGAAGAGGGUCACCGAGCAUCUUGUGAAGAUGCCCUGGCGCCGAGGGAAAUGUGUCGUCGAGUUUGGUACUCCAUCUUUGUGCUCGACCGUCUUCUAGCUUUGCAAUUAGGGCGUCCGCCAGCUAUUAGCGAAGAGGGCUUUUACGUGGACCUGCCGUCUAGGGGGUCUAAUGUUGAUCUUUCAAGCCAAAAUGAUCAGCCCGAGGUCAAUCAGAAGGUUUGGAUUGGGGACUAUUUCCUUGCAAUGAUAAAGUUUUCCACAAUCAUUGGGAGAGUCUUCGACAAUUUGUAUGGCCCGAAGAAAGCCACGGACGUCGCUUUGAUCCUGUCAGUGAUUGAUCGAUUGGAUUCUGAGAUGUUGCAAUGGAGAUCGCAGUUGCCGCGGCAUCUGAGAUUCGACCUCUCUCACACCUUUGAGAACUCUAUGACGUUCAAGAGACAACGGAACAUGCUGGCCAUAAAAUUCUACAACCUCCAAGCUCUGAUUCAUCGGUCGCUUCUGUCACCUGCCAAAUUGCUCGAAUCAAGUCCUAGCUCCAGGCCGGUUUGCCAAGCAGAAUACGGUCGUAUCUCUCUGUCGAAAAGAAAGUGCAUCUUAGCCGCUCAACAUACCGCGAGGCUCCUUCACAACAUCGAAGACAAGAAGAGCCUGGUUUACGGUUUCCCCUGGUGGCAGAUGAUAUCUUGUCUGAUUUGCGCAAGUUCGAUCCUGCUGGUUGCAGGAAUCUGUGUGGAUCUGAACCUGGAGGGAGAUGUGUUCAGCGACAUAGACUGGGAAGCUGUUGAUGAAGAUGCUGAAGUUUGCCUGACAGUGUUCCAGGCCCUGAGUUCGAACUCGAACGCAGCAAAACUCGCCAGAGACAUGAUGCAACGGCUCAAAAAGACCCGAAUGAUGUCCAGAGGAAAAGUACCGAAUCUCCCUGAAGACGGACUGGUGAAUCCAGUCGAGAACGCAACCGACAAUUCCCGAAACAUCAUGCCAUCUACCGAAGCCUUCGAACUUACUAUGCCGUCACCUUUCGACCCAUUCGGCCCUGGCCAGGACUCAUUUAACCUCAUGUAUCAGACCAUGCCCUAUGAGGUCUCAGAGCCGGUAAUGUGGUCGGCGCAAUUCGUCAAUGCAGCUUACAAUCCGUUCAUUGCCCGGAGUAACACAGAAUAUGAUGGUAGAUGA